CUCAAAGCGAAAACCUGAAAUCGUUUCUUCAAACAACUUAAAAUUAGCAAAAGCCGAAAAAAAAAAAACAAAUCAAAAUGAAAUAUUUCGCUACUGUUAUUGUACUUACUUUCGUCGCCGUCGCUGUAGGCCAAGAUGUGCUCAAAUUGAGCGCGGAGCAAAAGGAAAAGGUCCAUUUGUUGGCUGGUGAGUGCGCCAAGGAGACUGGCGCCAGCAAGGAGGCCAUAUUGGCAUUGCGUCAGGGUGAUUUCAGUCAAGUUGAUGACAAAGUGAAAUGCUUCAGCAAGUGCUUCCAGGAACGUUUGGGAUACUUAGUAAAUGGUGUUGUCAAUGAGGAGGCUGUGCAGAAAUCGUUGGGUCCUUUGGCUGGUGAGGAGCAAGUAAAGGCAGUUCAAGCUAAAUGCAAUGGCGUGAAGGGCGCCAAUGACUGCGAGACUGCAUUUGAAUUGUAUAAGUGCUAUUAUGGCGAAAAGGCUACAGUGCUUGCUUAAAUUGCAUGUUGUAUUAAAAAUUUGUUUUGAAAAUUAUUUACAUAAUUGGGUAUUCUUAGAAAAUCUUUAAAAGUUUAGAAUAAAAUUAUUGAA